AAUUCAAGCAGACUCACUCGGCUCUUGGCUCUCAGACGAAGAAAAAAAAGAAAAAGAAAAAAAGCAGUUGUCGUGGGAAGCAAGACGGACGCCCGGCACCGGCACCAACACGGACUGAAUUUUGUUUCUAUUAGUUUGACAAGGCAUUUUUUCGCCGAACAUGGCCUGCGGGGCGACACUAAAGCGCUCGAUGGAGUUCGAGGCCCUCCUCAGUCCCCAGUCUCCGAAGCGGAGACGGUGCAACCCCCUGCCGGGAACUCCCGGCACUCCGUCCCCACAAAGAUGCAACAACCUCCGCGCCGCUGUCGACGGCCCGACGCACUCCGUGUCGCCGCAAAGCGUCGCAGGCGACAACAGACUCACGCCAGAGCAGAUCUUCCAAAACCUGCGCCAGGAGUACAGCAGGAUCCAGAGGAGGCGGCAGCUGGAGGGAGCCUUCAGCCAGACGGAGGCCUGCGGACCUUCCGACGUCUCCAGCCCUUCUUCAUCCCUGCACGCCCCCAGCUCCCCACCGGGCGCCUCGAGACGGGACCAGCCCUCGUUUACGCUGAAGCAGGUGAGCUACCUGUGCGAGCGCUUGCUCAAAGACCACGAGGAGAAGAUCCGUGAGGAGUACGAACAGAUCCUCAACACAAAACUCUCAGAACAAUACGAGUCCUUUGUGAAAUUCACACAAGAUCAGAUCAUGCGAAGAUACGGCGCCCGGCCUGCUAGUUAUGUCUCCUGAACGCACCAAAACAAGUUCCCACUUUCUUCCCUCACACACAAGAUGGCUGCCCUUCGAAGGCCUUCUACCACUUGAUUUGUCCCCCCCCCCGACACACACUCACAGUGCCAUGAUUUAACCGCUUUUUAUCCAAAACUGUUGCUACUGGCCAAAACUCAAGACCAAAUCUUGAGAGAUGACCGACCUUUGUCCUGUUGCCCCCCCCCCCCCCGAUUUCAGUUUUUUGUCUUUAUUUUACGUUUUUAGUUUGUCGUCUCUUGUUGUCGCUGUCUCUUUCUAACUGAAAACGUGGACUGAAGCCGUGUCCGAUCUCUGGCCUGGCGCUGUAGACUACAAAGUUUCUGCUUCUUCUUCUUGGCUCAUGUGAUAGAAGCUCAUUGAAGUGAGCAGCUGUAUUUAACACCUCAUGUCGUCACUCCUCGCUCGCCCUGUCUCUCCUCCAACAAGAGAAUGUGCUUU